CUAUAACCCUUUCUUUGUUAAAUAUGAAGACUGCUCAAAAUGAUAUUUUUGAAAUAGCAAGUUUGCAACAAUUGCACAUGCUAAAUUUUGAUAUAGUUUAUGCAGAUGGAGGCGAAUUUGGAUCUAUGUACGGUAUUCAUAAUAUCCUGCUAAAUAACGGAUCAGUUUAUUGCUCUAGGAGACGUGGCGCUAUUAAUAUACUAACUCAAUAUCGUGGAUAUGUCGAAAGUGGCAUAAUUACCGAUAAGACUUGCUCUAUCUCCAAAAUGGUCAUAAGAGCACCUCGAUUUGGUUUUACUGCUCCAUGUAAAGAUGGCUUAAUAUUCAUUUCUCAUAAAGAAAUCAAUGUUUCAGACACAGCUAUGUUUGAUCAUUUCACAAAGCAAGAUUACGAAGAUUAUGUGAAAACGAAAAUGGAAUCACAUGAUGGUAUCUUAGAUGAUAAUGAUCCAGUUGCUUGGUUUACCUUGACUAAUGAGGAAGACAUAACCACUAUUAUUAACUUAAAUUUUAGAUCUGGAAAAUAUGUCCUAAUCAAAUUAUUAAGAGCUUAUGAUUAUAAUGGAUCUGCAGAAAAUAUUGACAUUCAAUAUAUUGGAUUCAUUGGUUGUUCAGGUCCAAGAGCUUUUGGUUGGGCCAAACUAUGUUGAAAGUUAUUCAUGUAAAAG